AUGCCGCAGAGAAAUGAACUACCCCUUCGCCACCUUUUUCAACAUUUAGAUGGACAAUACUCUGGACCCCGAGAAUUUUCAGGUCCUAUUGAGCGGAUGUUAGAAUCAUGUAUAAAACUAAGCCUAGCUAAUUUUGAAAAACGUAAUGGAUGUUUACCUGCUGUUCCUCAAGCCGUUUCCAAAGAUUUCAGUACAGAUCAAAAAUAUCCCUUCGAGAUAUGGCAUGCUGUUGUUAAUGGUGACUGCUUAAAAAGUUUAGUCAGACGAAACCCAGUGCAAAAUCUACUAUUUAGCAGUGAUUCUUCUUCCGAUGAAGCAAAUGUGCCACAAAGGCAAAGAAAGUUAUAUAGGAAGAGACUAAGACUGGGAGAAGAAGAUAUUGAAAGAGAACUAUUUCUAGAAAAUGAAGAACCAGACGAAAACCUCACUGAGCUCGACAAUGAUGUGUUCCAGAACGAUGCAGCUGGAAGACAAAUGGCCGAAAACAGAUUUCGGGAAAUUAUACAACAUUUUAUGUAUAUAACAAAUUUUAACUUAUUGUCCUGA